AUGGGGAAUAAGAUCAGAGAGGUAGGAUGGAGCAAGCUGAUGGACAGUUUUAUUGGAGAGCAGAAGGAUUUUAUAAUCAAUGUGCUGAGGGACGGGGAGCCAGUGGAGUUCCUGGAGGAUAGGAGUGAUGUGCUACCAGGACUUGGUUCUUCACAUGGUUUGGUACAAGCUCACCACAGGCAGGAUUAUCCAUCAGAGGACGCUGGAAUCUACUAUUGUGGAGUCGUACAAUUGAACUAUAUAGAGUUUGGACAAGGGACACUUUUGGUGCUUAAGGGUGCAGAUUUAAACAGUACAGUUACACAGCAGCCGGUGUCUGAAUCAGUUAAUCCAGGAGACUCUGUGACUCUGAACUGUACAAUAAACACUGGGACCUGUGAAGGAGAACACAGUGUCUAUUGGUUCAGACAUGACUCAGGAGAAUCUCCUCCAGGAAUCAUUUCUACCAAUGGAGACAGGAGUGGUCAGUGUAUGAAGAGCCCUGAGUCUGGGUCUCCUACACAGAGCUGUGUCUACAACCUCCCCAAGAGGAACCUCAGCCUCUCUGAUACUGGGACUUACUACUGUGCUGUGGCUUCAUGUGGAGAGAUACUGUUUGGGAAUGGGACCAAGCUGAACAUUCAAGUCCCAGGGCAUGACUAUCCUUUUGAUCUGAGUCCUACUGUUCUUGUCUUGAUACUGUCCAACAUUCUUCUGAGUCUGGUGACCCUUCUGCUCCUCUGGAUGUUAUGCAACACUCGGAGAGGAGAUCACAGAGGGAAGACGUGUGACCCAACAUUGGACGGGAAUCAGAACCAGAACAGUGAUGUAUUAAACUAUGCAGCAGUGAGAUUCAAUCCUAAGAAGAGCUCCUCGGCCAGACGAGUAAAAGACAAGACCGACAGAAGAGAGGCAGUGUACUCUGAGGUCAGGUACCUGCAGCAGGAAUGA